CUAACAGCUGAGUGCAUUGCCAUUCAGCAGCACUGCUCCUAGCUGCUGAACCGGGUCAGGUGUGGAGCUUUAUGUGAAGAUUUGUGUAAAUUUCCGUCGUCGUGCUGGAAGAUUGUGUAUAACUUGUAUGUAUAACUAUUUAUGAUGCCUUAAGUGCCAUUGAAGACGCGGAACAAAAUGGAUCAUUCAGGAGUGUCCUGUGCCACUCUACAGGGCCCCAAGUCUCUAAUGAAGAUGGGGCUGGGUAUGGUUUUGGUGGGACAUUUGAAUUUCCUGUUGGCCGCCCUGGUCCAUGGCACAGUUUUGAGACAUAUCGGCCAAGACACCCAGACGCUGGAGUACGCCAUCUCCAACAUUUUGGCUCUAACUGCUGGCCUUGUGGGAAUCUUGGUUGGAAUCCUCACUAUAGUCCUUUCUAGAAAUGAGAAAAACCGAGUUCUGACGUGGUGGGUGUGCAUGCUGAGUGCAGUAGGGGGCGUGCUGGCUGCUGCUUCGGUCGUCGGGCUGCUCGUCGCUCUGGUUUGGACGUUAAUUUACGGCACUAAAGGCCUUCUGCUCCACUGCAACUUACCUGACAACAUGAGCUACUUCAGCAUCACUUAUGAGUGUCCCUUUGACCCCACACGUAUUUAUGGAACCACUCUGAUCCUGUGGGUGCCGCUGAUUGUGAUGAGUGUGGUGGAGUUGGUGCUCUCCGGACGCUGCUGUGCCGCAUCCAUCUCUUUCAUCCGCCGUAAAACAAGAAUACACUGCGAGACCAGAUCGGUGAAGACCCUCAGAGCAGUAGUGCCCCCAUUGCUCCCCUGCCAUGUCCCACCACCCCUCCGUUACCAUGGAGACCACGAGCUGGUGCGCCCCCCAGAACAGCAUGAGCUGCUGCGAGCGUCACGGCCCUACAGCUCGAGCCGCUCGGCGCAGAUCAGAGCAACCUCGUCUGAAUUCACCAGAGCCUCGCUCAACAGGGCCAGCUUCUGGAUCUAAUUAUAAGCU